AUGCUUUUCUUGAUUUUGCUCACUACUUUGGUCCUAACAGAAGGGUAUAACCGUGAUAUGAAAAACCUUACGAACCCAAAUGACCCCAAUGUGUUGAUGGUGGCCAAAUUUGCAGUUACAAAGUAUAAUAGGAUAGCUCGCCAAAAAUUGAGCUUCUUAACCGUGAUCAAGGCGCACAAAGAGGUUCACCGCGGGCUUGCCGUGUAUCAACUGAUAAUGUCGGCAAAGGACAAUGACUCGUUUAAUCCCGAAACCUAUUACGCUUGUGUCCAAUGGAAGGUUCUAUCAAAGAACCCAACACUCGAAUCAUUUUUCUAA